AUGGCCUCGAGCCUGCUCACCACGGACAGGAGAUGGGGUGCUACUCCUGCAAGGAAAUCUGGUAUGACUGUUCUGGGAAAAGUCCCAAAACCAAUUAAUUUACCAAGUCAGAGGUUGGAAAACAAUGGUCUUGAUCCCAAUCUGGAACUUGUUCCAAAGGGCACCCUCACCUGGGGCAGCAAAGCACCAUCUACAACACCAAACGCAUGGGGUCCCUCGUCAAUUCUGUCUACCAAGAAUGAUGGAAGUUCCAGUUCAUCUAGUCACUUCAAUGGCCGGCCCUCCUCUGGCGGAGGCUCAAGGCCAUCAACAGCUGGAAGUGAAUCACUUGGUUCACCCAAUGCUUGGGGUCCAAAUUCUCGUCCAUCUUCAGCAUCAGGCACAUUUCUAUCACCUCAUCUACCAAUGGCCUCAAAUCGUCCCCGAAGUGCGGAAACAAGACCCGGAAGUUCACAACUUUCUCGAUUUGCGGAUAAUGCUUCAGACAAUGUGAAAGCAUCGAUAAGGACUAUUGAUAGAUCGGGAUCUUCAUCACAUGGGCCUGGGUUCACACUAAGUACUGGUGAUUUCCCAACGCUUGGCUCUGAAGCAAACAGUCAACGAGGCCAUAGUUCGAAAGGGCGCCCAACUUCUAGUUCGGGUAAAGAGGCGUCGCAAGGUGAACAAGUGAAGAGCCUAACAACUGGAACUGGUGAAGUAAUCUCGCCAUCCAAUAAUCACCCUGUUGAUAUCAUGAAGACAGAGCAGCAUGCACACACUGGAAGUGCUCCUGUCCCCGCCACAAGUGUAUCAAAUGAAGGCCUGCAACCACAGCCAUAUCCACCAAAUUUUCCUAUGCUGCCUCCGCAGUUUGAUUCAUGGCGUGCACCUCCUGGUCACCCACCUGAGGGAAUGUGGCAUAGAGGACCAGUGCCAGGUGGGCCAUACAGACCUGUUGGUCCCCCUGGUGGUUUCCCUGUUGAACCAUUUGGUUAUUAUGGUCAAUUCCCACCCAACUCCGAAGCUGCAGCAAGGCAGGGCCCUGGGCAUGGUGGAUACCACGCUAAAAGUGGAGAUGUGUAUCAUCCUAUGGCUCCUAAUUCCUAUAUGAUGAAUCAGCCUGUUAUUCCAGUCAGGCCAGUUUAUCAAGGUCCAGUACCUUAUGAUGAGUAUUAUGGCCCUCGACCAAAUUUCAAUAAUGCCAAUGUUAGAGAUCCUCAUUUUAUUGGAGGUCCUCACCAACCUGGAAUAUUAAAUCAGUUCCCAAAUCAGAAUGACAGGUUUCACCCUGGACAUCCUCAGAACAGACCAGGCAAACAUGAAACGGUUCCAAGGGAGCAGAUGGAAUCUGAUAAAGUACAUGUGUUUCGUCGAGGACAGCCUGGGAGUUUGCAUGAUAAUCCAGAUCGCCUAGGAGGUUCCCGUGAAUUUGAAAGGAAUGUGCAGCCAGCACCGCCACUUCUUCCACAUCCUGAUGGAAACCAGACUGAUAUGAACAUGAGGACAGAUACAAGGGACACCUUUGGUGAAACUGAAAGAACCAGGGUACUUACAAAAUCGGUGCCUAACCAGAGUGGUCCAGUUGGUACAGAACAUCUAUCUGUUUAUGAAAAUGCACAUUCCCAUCACCGAGAAAUUGUUGAUGGCACUCUGUGCAAGAAGUUCAAGGAGGAUAGCUCAUUUGCACUUGAUCAACAACCUGUCAUUAAGAAGAAUGCAGCUUUAAUAGAGAAAAUCGAGAGUUUGAACAACAAAGCCAGAAAUGUUGAUGCAUAUAAUCUCCCAGAACCAGCUUCAUCCAAGGAAUUCAAGAAGCAUCCAAAAAGCACUGAUGUUUCAUCCACUGGUAUGGUUUGUGCAUCUGACCAGGCGGUUUCUGUUUCCCGUAUUUCUCCUGUGGUGCAGAGACUACCAAAUGUGCCCAUCGAGGGUAAAAUUCUUGGACCGACACAUUCACAGUUAACUGAAUUUAGCAAAGCUGAAAAGCUUGGUGAUCCAAUUAACGAUCAUGUACAUAGGAGAGGUGAUUCUUCAAGAAACAGUUACCAUGGUCCUUCUAAAGAUAGGCCAGCUAGAAGUCAUGGACGGGGAGAAAGUUCCACAACUAAUUCAUUACCAGUAGCUGAUCUGAGGAAUAAUAUUCAACAUGGUCAACAACCUGAGAGUGCUUCGCAGCUGCAACCUGUGACUGUACCUGAUGAUAUGCCAGCUUCACUUGAUUAUGAGUCUCAGCGUGCAAAAAUGAAGGAGUUGGCUGCAGAACGUGCAAAAAAGUUGAAAGCUGAGGAAGAGGAACGGAUAAAGAACCAAAAAGCAAAAGCGCUCGCGAAGUUGGAAGAAUUGAACAGGCGAUCAGUACUUCAGAAGAAACCAAAUGAUACAGAAGUAGAAACCAAUGAUGCGCAUGAUAAGCAACAGGCUGGACUUGAUGUGACUGCUAAACUUGCCACUUCAAUUGCUGAACCACGUGAUGUUAUUGCGCCUAAUAGGCUUACUGCUCUUCUGCCUCUUAAUGAUCCCAAUCAUGCUAUGGUUCAUGUACAGUCCCAGUCUACUGCACAAUCACAUGCUUCAGAUGGUGAAGACCCUGUUGCUCAUGCCGCCUCAUCCUCGGUCAGAAACACACCCAGUAACAUGGAGCAUGUUGUGCAGAAGAGUAUCUCACAGUCACAUGACAUCAGUGUGGUGAAGGCUAAGCAAGGCUACAGGAAAAGACAUGUUGUUUCAGAGGAGAAAAUUUCUGGCGAGAAGGCAAGUGCUUCAAUAACCACUGGGAAUGUUAAGAAAAAUGUUGAUGUUCCCGUCGACACAGUAAGGGCUGUUGUUGCACCACAUGAUGAUCCCCCAGUUCAGAACAAGAAGGGAACCCGGCAUUUGAGAAGUAAGAAAAAGGUUGAUGAUGCUCCAGUUACUUCUAAACAUCCACCUGUGGUUUUUAAUGAGCAGAAUACAGUGAAAGUCUCUACCGAGCCAAAGGCACAUACUGGUGGCGUUAUCAUCAAUAGCUCUAUUGUUCCUACUGAAGGCACUGUUGUAACUGUUGGAAGUAUAACUGUUGGUGGAAUUUCACUUGCUCCUAUGAAUCAGGAGCGUGUUAAAUCACCAGAUGGAACAAAUAGUACAGAAAGUAGCCGACCAAGUCCUCAUCAAGCAAGAAAAUCUGGAAAGCAUCAGCAUGGUCUUCGGCCUGUAGAGAAGCCACAUGGGAAUGAUGGUGUCUUGUGGGCACCAGUUAAGCCACCAGUGCAGAAUGAGCAGUUUGAUGGAACCAUGCCAAAUGCAGCAGUAGCUGAUCUCACUCAACCAACAGGGAAAGCCAUCAUUGAUGGGGAGAAUGUGACAAGAGCAAAGAGGGCUGAAAUGGAAAGAUAUGUUCCUAAGCCUAUGUCCAAAGAGCUGCAACAACAGAAUCCAAGUCAUGAUAAGGAAGCAAUAGAUAAGCCCAGUGCUGCUAAAUCAGAUGUUGCAGCCGAAUCCAAGAAAACUAGCAAAGGACAUGGGGGCAAAUCUAAUCCUUCUUGGCGCAAGAGGAAUCCAAAUGAAUCAGCUUUGGUGGCACCAGAUUCUGUUGAGCAAGCAGACAGCUCUUAUGAAUCAAAGGAGGUUCAGAACUGCACCGAUCAGAAUCAGCCUGUUGAUCUUGGCAAGCAAGAUACACAGUUAAAAUCCAAUGCAGAUGCUGCUGCUGAGAAUAGCUCAGCUCCAGCUCAAACAGUUCCACUAUCUGUUGGUGGUGCAAAAGAACAUAGUGCAGCUAACAGGCAAAGGCGACAGCAUGUUAAGGCUCAAAGAAAUGAAGCAAGUAGCUACUCAAAUGAGAGCAAAGGUAGAGAGGGCAAGAAUGACGUUGUCUAUCAAUCAGCAACACCAAUCAUGGAUUCAAACUCAUCCAAUCACAGGAACGUGCCAAGAUCUGAUGUGAAAAGCAGCGGGGUAGUUUCACAUUCUAGAACCUGGAAGCCAAAAGCCAAUUCCCAUCCUCAGAACAGCUCAGACAGCAAGAUUGCUGUUGAAGGGCCAGUGGAGUCCCAUGGAGGUGGGCUUGAGAUCAACAUUUCCAAAGGAUCUGAUACAACUACCCAUCAAGACACCAGCAGUAAACCGAUGAAAAUGAGUGAUGGCGCUGAUGAGGUCUCACACAGCAAACAGGAGAACCUGACACGGGAAGAUGGUAACCAGAAGAGUGAGACUGAACAGGAGCAGGCUAAUCCUGCACUGCGUCGCCAAGGCCAGCCCAAUGCAAGGUACCACAGGGGAGGUGGGGCACACAGGGGAAGGGGGGGUUAUGAUGCUGGGAGGCCAAGCCAUGGCACGAAUGCGGAUAGGCGGAGGGGUGGCAGCCAUCUUGAAUACCAGCCAGUCGGAUCCCAAAAUAAAGCUACAGACUUCCAGCAGAGCCCGAGCAUGGAAGAACGAACCGAGAGCCCCCCUGCUUCUGGACAAGCGUUCAGGGAGCGUGGCCACGACAGGGGGCUACGCCCAGCAGGCCGCUUCGUCCGGCGAAACAAUGCCUCUACGCCUACCAGUAAUUCUCACCAAAAUGAAUAA